CGGGCCAAGUUGAGUUAGACCACAAGUCCACAACGUGUUUGUGUGUACAUCUGUCUAGUGAUCAAGCAGUUCAAUAUUUCUUGGCGAAGUGUUUCUUAUUUUCGAUAUUCCAGAGAUUUCAACGGGAGCAUGCGAAAGAAAAGUCGGCGGUUCAGUGGACAGUGUUUUGGCAGUUUGUAACCAAUCGGGAUGAGUUGAAUAAAGUUGAAAAGUGUGUUUGAGUGAAUUUUGUUGAUUUUACUUUUAACGGAUUGAAAUGAAGUACAACACUAUCAGUUCCGGUAGUUUGGGCAAUGAAAGGAAGUCUACUUUGACCAUUUAUGCUGAUAUGGAUAUAUCUCCAAGCAAGGUGACAUAUACCGAAGCAGAAGUAACAUCAAUCAGAGGAGAAUUAGAAAUCGUCCAGAAAGCCCUAAAGCUCCAAACCAGGCGAUGUAGACAGCUAGUAACUGAAUAUACCCGUAGACUUCAGGAGAAAGAACACCAAUACCGCUCCGAGAAGGCCUUAAGGGACGACCAGCUAGCCAAAGUACUUCGAGCCCUCUUGAUAUUUGAAGCACGUUUGAGACAAGAACAGAAAUUUAUAAGCCGCCAGUUAAAUGAAAAGGACAACAUUAUUAAGAAGCAGAGUAAUGACAUAAAAAAACUAUUGUUAAACCAGUAUUGUAAGAGUUGUAAUCAGUAUUAUACCUCCAGUCCCAUUCAAGAAAGUUUGGACAGUAGUACUGAGUACGUUCUUACAGAUUGUCAGGACUAUCAGUCUUCCAAUUUUGAAUCAUUGGACAGUAGCUGUGAAACAUACGCAACUCUCUCUGAAAAAGACAAUAAGUCGGAAAGUUCUUACGAAGAAAUAUCAAAAUCAGAGACUGAAUCCAAGAAUAUUUACCAGAAGAAUCGUAACUCGUUAGGACGAAGAUCUAAGAAGAUACCACACAGAAAAAGCAUUGGAACGUAUUUUGAGGUUUUAAAAUUAAGAAAUGAUAACUGCAGCCCAUUAUCAAACGAUGAUAACACUAGUAAUGACUAUGACAACUUAGAUUCUUUACCUGCAGAAACAGUAACUGACAAAAUAAACAGAGUAUCAGAAAAUAUUGAACAUAUAUUCGAAAAAAAUAAAGAAAUACUAGAAAAUAACGAUGAGAGUAGUCAUAACGUAUCUAGUGAUGAAUGCAACCAAUCAAUUAUCAGCACGAGUGAAAAAGAUGAAAUAUCUAAAACACUCGAAAAACCCAAAAUAGAAGAAGAAAAGAAACCAUCAGUGAUAACAGAAACUAUUCCUGUAUUCGAGGGAGGUGAGGAAGUAAACGAAAACUGGUACGCAAGUGCGAGUGAUCAAGAAGAUGACGAGCAAAGAGAUAUAUACAGAAAUAAUCCAGUUCUUGAAUGCAUGAAUCAAAUAUUGUUACAAAAUAUUAAUGACUCACUUAAUUCACCACCAAAAACCCCGAAUAUUGAAAGAAAAUCGGCUAAAAACAAAAGAGUAAAAUUUAGUGAUGAGGAAGCGAAAGAAGAUACUAAAGAAGUUGGAUUAACCGAAGAAAAUGUGAAAGAAAACGAAAAUAAAAACCACGAUUAUUAUGAAACUCCGAUUCAAAAAUCUCCGAAUUUUUAUGAAACCCCUCAAAGUAUAUACAGCAAUGAUUAUGAGCAAAUUUUGAGCAAGUGUAAUGAAACUUUUAGUCCGAUAGACGAUAUCAACCAACCAAAAUCUUUACCAGUACAAUCAAGUAAUUACUAUAUAGAUAUGGAUGAUAAAGCCAAAACUUUAGAGAACGACAAUAGGGUGAUGAAAAGGAGCAAAAUUUUAAGAACCCCACCUGCUUUGCCUCCAAAGCCAGUGAACUUAGUGUCAAAAUACAAAAUACAGGGAGUCCCAAAAACACCUCCUUCAGAUAAAAGCUGUGAAACGGAACCCGAUUAUUGCUCUAUAUCGGAAUUAAAUUUGCCUCAAAAUAAAAACGUUGUCUCUUUUAAGAAGAUUAAUGUAGUAGCUGAAAUAAACGCCCCUACUUCUCUUGAUGUUCUGAGCAAAAUAAACGCUCCUGAAGUGAAGAAGAUCGAAAAACAAGUAGAUAAAGAAGACAUGGUUGUUCAAAAAUGUGUGGAAAAAAUGAAUAUACAAGUAGCAAAACAAACUCCUAUUAAGUCUGAAGCUACUUCGCCUAAAAAGAAAGUCGAAAUAGAAAUACCAAAGUUACCACAAGUUUCCGAAAUUCUUAUUCCAGAAUCAGAAGACGAGGAAAAAGAUAAAGAAGAAAGAAUAGCCCAAGAUAACUACAUGAGAAAUAACACUCAAGUUCUAAAAUUAAAAAGCACUCGUACUGAUCCUAUCAGAAAACCUAUAGCCAUAGGCUCAUCUGUUUCUAGUCUAAUUAACAGCUUUAAUAAUCAAGUCCUCAAUGAAAUUAAACACAGUCCAGACAAAACUAAAACUAACAAGUCAAUGUUUUCUAGUUUUGAAAGUCUCCAAAAUUUAGAUAAACAUUCCGGUACAUCCACAGAAGAACCAAAAACUCCAAAUUUUGAAAAGUUCGAUUUGAGUCAAAAUUUUGAAGAGUUUAAGUUGGACGAUUGCGAAAUUGAAGAGUAUACAGUGGAAGAGAUCAAAACAGGUGAUUUCUCUGAUGACUCCAGCGAAAAAUCUAACCCGACAAGAGUAGACCUAAUUAGAGCUACCAAUAUAUCACCACCGAUUUUGAACAGAAACUCCGUGGAGUUGUUCAAAAAACAAUUAGAGUUGCAGAAAACGCAAGAAGAAAGGAACCAAGAAAAGAAUAAGCCGUUUAUGAGACCGAACGAGCCGACUUACGAACACUUUUUGGAAUGUACUGGGCUCAGUACAAAAUCCAUUUUAACGCCUUCGAGAAUGCUUACUAAUCACAAGGGCAUGUUGAAGCCCAAGGAUGUCAAGCUGCGAUCGAAAGUAAAGUCGAAUAAUUUAUUUGAGAGACAUAGUACAAGCACUAUGAAAUACUGGUCUGAACCAUAUAUUUAGAUAAUUUUGUUACAUAUUUUAAGGCCAAUGUAAGCUUUUUAUUUAUUUACUAUGGUGUAGUUAAUUUUACUAGAACAUUUUGAAAAUUUUCAUAAUUUUUAAAUUAAUUAAAUCAUUUAAAAUUCAACCCAUAGGAACAAUUUCAAAGUUGUGACGGGUAGAUCUUUCAGGAUAACAGACUCAGUAAAACACAAAAUAAAAUAUCAUUCUAUGUUCACCCCUUUCCGGAGCAAGCUCCCUAAGCGGCCGUCUGCAAAAGAAAUAAAAUUGUAUUUAUAACUAUUAUCAAAAAUAUAAUAAAAACACAAUACAAUCGCAAUCUCGUUAUACGAAAUCAAUCUUUUUUUUUAUUACAUAUUUUAAUUUACAAUCUGCUUCAUCGAAGCUAUAAGUAAAUAGUUUGAAUGUUAAAUACAUGAGGGAGAAGCUGCCCUGUAGCAACCCUCCUAUUAUAAUUUUUACAUUAGAUCAUAAUAUAUUUAUUUAAUUCAUUAAAUCUUUUGGCCAUAAUUUCUUCAGUCGUCUUGCGAAUUCGGGAGGAGUGUUUAGCAGUCUUGCUUCAUCAUUUGGGUGACUUCUCAGUUCAUCAAGGUAGCUCUUUGUGAUCCUUUGAAUUUCUUCCUCUACCAAAGGUGUAGCUGAGUCCUCGUGCAGGGUUUUAUUGCUUACAUACCAGGGUGCGGUGAAUAUCAUCCUUAAUAUUUUUGAUUGAACUCUUUGUCUUUGUCUUUGAUUUCUUCCCGGUUAAAUGCACCGAGAGGAACUGCUUCCAUGAUUCUUCCUUGCUCUUCUUAAAUACACUUUCGGUAGCUAUCACUCCUUUGGUUUCGCUGGAGAGGUGGUACGUGGGGGGUUGCACCAAUAUGGAAACGCGUUCGAUCCUCUGCUUUUGAUCUGCCGAACGCUGGCUGCAGGCAUCAUGUCAUUAUCAAGUAUUACAAUAUUUCAGUUCUUAAAAAAUGUUCGGAAAGGUUUUCGCGGUUAGUACAAUUAUUAAUCCUAAAGCUAAGAUUAAUAUUAUUAGAAAAAUUAAUAUCAAACUUAUCAGAUUUCCGGGUUGAACUGCGUCGAUAUUUAGUACACCGAGCUUUCGACUUCUUCUCUGAAGUGUUCAUCUGGGGUGUAAGUCUCGUGAUAGUAGAGGAUCCGAUAUAAGACCGAUUUGCACCAAUCUGUUUAAUGGAUAAAAAUUAUUGGAUAUGUAAUUUAGUAUGUUAACAAUUAUAAAAAAACAAUAGCCCGAUCAAAUUUUGUUCCGAAGGAAUUUUGUUCUGAAUUAAUUAUUAAUUAAUAAUUAAAAAAUGAGUUCCAUCAACUAACCAUCAAUUUCAUAAACAGCUUUUUUAUAAUGGUUGUGAUUGUGUGAAAUGUUUUAUACAAACAUAUUAGGCCUGGAUCCCGCGUACCAAAAAAAGUGUAUUAAUAGCAAGCUGAAAAUUUGACAAUAGCUUAACGGUGUCUAGUCGGACAAACUUUGAUGUAUGAGAACGCUGGAACAGGGGAAGUUUUAAUUGUGGAACGUGUCAUCCUGACAAGUUUGUGGUUGUGAAAACUAGCAGGUUGUAGCAAGUUUAUUCAAUAGCGAAGUUUGUAUAAUAUAUGAAACAAUUUUUGUCCGACAAAUAUGUUGGACAUUUUAAUAAGUCCGACACGUAGAACAUGUCAAAUGAAAGGGUAACAAAUCAAUUGGAAGUUUUGUCCGACAAUAUACAUGGGACAUUUUCGUAGUCUGACGUUCGAAACCUGUAACCUGUUCCACAUUUAAAACUUCCCCUGUUCCAGUGUUCCUGUACAUCAAAGUUUGUCCGACUAGAUACCGUUAAGCUAUUAACAAAUUUUCAGCUUGCUAUUAAUAAUUUUUUUGGUACGCGGGAUCCAGGCCUAUAUGAUUUAUUUUAGAGAACACAAAAAUGACUAAAAUGUUUUAAAAUAUUCUAGUGCUGUAUCUACACCAUUAGUUUAGUUUUUACUUGUAUGCUUUGUAUUCGAACCUGUUAUAAGGGAACAGAGAUAAUACACAAAAAAAUAUGAAACUGUUUUUGUCUAGGAAAGAAAAACGGAAACAAUAUUCGAGCCAGUGGCGGAUCUAGAUAUUUGCCUUGGGAGGGGAAAUUUGUCUUGGGGGGGGGGGAAUUUCCAAUGAAACAACAACCAAAAAACAAAAAAUAAAAAAGAUAAACCCAAACUACAUAAAAGACAUAAAUAAUAACUUAUAUGCAUUGCGUUCCCUUCAUUUUCCUAGCUAUCGUGUUUAUUGAGUUGAAUUUGUCUGUCUGUGGUUUAAGUUUCAUGUCAGUUAAUAUAUUUCUAUGUUUCAACUAUUUUUUUCUUUAAUUUUGGACCUUGUUGGAGGGGGAAAAUUUCCCCAUUUUCCCUCCUCGUAGAUCCGCCACUGAUUCUAGCUUUAUUACUUUACAACUCUUUAAUUUUUGAAAAGAAGAGCUACUCCAUAAAAAUAUCAUAAAAUAUUUCAUCUCUGUAUUGAAAGUGAAAGACAUACAAUGUAAUAAAGUAGAAGCUUCAAAAUAAUAUAUUCUUACAUUAUUGUUAAAAGUGUAUAUUGUUUUUACAGAAGUGAAUGUUAUAUAUUAUGUGUUAGAAUAACAGAAUCAAACUGUCCGUUUUCUAUUGUCCCAGAUUUAUAAUCAUUAUUCGUUUGAAAAAGGCUAACUAAAACAUUAUCUUUGAUAAAAACAUUGUGGCAAUUUUUAUUAUUACUUUUAACUAAAGCAUUGUUUAGGGUUUUAAUAUUUCUAUUGUGACAAUAAUGCCUGGUUGCACCAGCAGAUCUUAAGCUUAAAACGUGCCUUAAGCUCAGUUUAUGAAACAUACGAGUUGCAUCAUUGAGUCUUAGAUGAAUUUUCUGCUUGAACCGAUGUUAAUCUUAACUCGCCGUUAUUCUCAGCUUAAGUUGCUGUCUGAGUUUAAGACAUAGUCCUAGAUAGUCAUAAUUUCAUAAUCUAUAAGCUGAACUGGACUAAGCUGGAGCUUAAGAUCUGUUGGUGUAAUCAGGCAUAAAUCUGGACCUCGGAGGUAAACUACAUACACUAUGUCGACAUGAUAUUGUUUUGAAUCUGUUUUUUAAUCCACUUUUUUUAUUGGUUUUAUUAUACAAAUUUGUUAUAUAUUAUCAUUAAAUUAUGGUCACAUUGUAUUUCGAACAAUUAUGGCAUAUUUAUACCAGAUUUUCUUAUGGGAUAUAUCAAAUUUUUACGACAUUCAAAGUGCUCUACUUCACAGUUGCUCGAAAUGACAUAGUGUAGAGUGUAGUUUACCUCCGAGGUCCAGAAAUGUUCUUAUCCUUUUCUUCACAUACUUUCCUCUUUCUAUUGAGUACGUAAAAGUUCUUAUCUUUGUAUUCUCGUGUUCUCCCUCUGUCCCUCUGUGUAUAAAAAUGUCUACACAGGCUAUGACCAAACCUCCUGACACGACAGAAUUCCCCGACCAUUCUUGUCGAGGUCAGGUCUACAUCAGAUCACAUGUCCCGACCAAACUAUCUGACAAAAAGUAAAAUUUUAUUUUAUUACUAAAGAAGUAAAAAUCUUCCUUUGUAAAUGGUAUAUAAUUUAUUUAGAUUUUUUUCUAAAAAAGAUCCAAGUUGCACUUAAAGUGGGUACAUCACUACUACGAUACAAACAAACGUUUUCGGACUAAUCAGUCCAUCAUCAGGUUAAAGUUCCAGAUCCAAAGUAUGUAGUUGAAACUAGCUACUGUGGUAGGUCGAAUGACCUUACCAGUAUAAAAAAAAUAGCCAUUUCGGCUACAUCGAGAGUGACAAUAAGUCGAUAUUACAAGAUUAAAGUGUAAUUAACCAAAAUGGAGUCUUCAUCUUGGCUUCAAACUAAAUGGUUAUGUUGAAGACAGUAGGAAACGGACUGAUUUAACUUACCGUUUCCUACUGUAUUCAACAUAAGCAUUUAGUUUGAAGCCAAGAUGAAGACUCCAUUAUGGUUUAAUUACACUUUAUUCUUGUAACAUCGACCUAUUGUCACUCUCGAUGUAGCCGAAAUGGCUUAUUUUUUAUACUGGUAAGGUCAUUCGACCUACCACAGUAGCUAGUUUCAACUACUUUGGAUCUGGAACUUUAACCUGAUGAUGGACUGAUUAGUCUGAAAACGUUUGUUUGUACCGUACCAGUGAUGUACCCACUUUAAGUCCAACUUGGAUCUUUUUUAGAAAAAAAUCUAAAUAAAUUAUAUACCAUCUAAAAAGGAAGAUUUUUACUUCUUUAGUAAUUUUUAUUAUGGUAUACAGCCAAUGAGAGGGAUUCUUUCCUUUUUAUAUAAUUUUAUUUUAUUUACAUUUUGUGUUAACUUCAUAAUUGGGAGUACAAAUACUCAUAGUUAAGACGUCAUUUGUGUAUAAACACAUCAAUAAAUUUUAUAGCCUAACCCGACCGUGAGGUUAUUGGAAUAGCAAGACCACCCGACCAAAUCCGCCAGGAUGACUAAUUUUUGUCGUGAGACAGGGCUACACACGUUCCAACACUCAGACCCAACGUUGUCAGCCCCGGCAGUCGGGUGGUUUGGUCAGGGCGUAUGUAGACGUUUUAAAGGAGUACUUGUAUUAUUAGUGUCUAAGCCUAGUAUUUAAUAUCAUUCAAUCUUCACUUGUCCACUGUUGGACAUAGAUCCCCCUCAAAAUUUUCCAUAUGUUUCGAUCUUGUACCUCUUGCAUCCAAUUAAUAUAUGUCUAAUAUCUAAUGUUUCGGUCACGCUAUAUAGUAUUAUUAAGGCAUCCUGCUAAUCUAUUUGCACUUUAUAAUUGGUAUCUUACUUCUUUUUCAACGUCUCCAUAGUUG